GAUACCCAAAGCGAUACUAACCCUUCAUUCAAUGCAUCUGUUCCAGAUAUAUUGCAAGAUAGUCUGGCAGUCCCAGCCACUGAGUUUCCAAAAGAGUUGCAAACCUUUCAGCAUGAUGAAUAUAUGCCAGAAUCCAAUUCAAUCAAUACACAAAAUUCCCCACCGCAUCCACCUGAAAAAUCAUUCAAAGCCAAACCAGCUCCAAAUCAGCUCUCACCAACCAUUCCCAGUAUACACCCCAAGAUAAAAGUCAAACCAGCACAGACUACUAGAUCUACUCGCUCACCAUCACCCCUCCUUUUCGAUGCAGAGUCGGUUGAAAAGUAUCGUCCAGUAACAAACGGGCAUCACGACUAUGCUCCUUGCAAACCACUUCAUUCACAUCGUGGUAUGGAUCCAGGUGGCUUUCGCGCAGCAAUAGUGAUCUUAUUUCUAUCGUAAAGUGUCUUUUCAAGUCCCAUUACAGCAUGAUACAUUGAUUUACACUCCAUAUGAUUUGCACCCAACUCAACACAAUGCUGACUUGACAAUCGUGUCAUCUGCUCCCCAUUUCAAAAUCCAUACCAAUGACGAAAGUGUAGUACAUGAUUCAUUCGAACCUAAACCUGCAAAAACAGGUAUUUUACGUAGGGAUGAACAAACCGGAUUGCAUCGGUCAGGCUCAGGAUCAACACUCACUUCACGAUGUGGAUCAGCAAGUAAAUCUCGAAUAGCUCGAAUUCAAGCUACACCCGUUCAGGUAACAGAACACAUUAUGCAG